CAAAAGAGCUACCAACGGAGACAGAGGAACGUACGUGUGCUCGAGAGUUUCGCAGGUUUCGCGGUCGCCCGAAGCCGGCCAAGCAGUUUAACGGCGAGUGUGUUGAGGAGUCGAACGUGUGCGGACGUUUCGUGUGAUAGAACUGACCGCGUUGCCAGCAGCCUGGCUCAUCGCGUAGUGCAUAGUGAAGCGACGGGAUGACGGGCUCGACGAGUUUGAGACCCGUCUACGUGGUGGGCCUCAUCCUCGCGAUUCUCGCCGUAUCCUUGCACGGUGUGCAAGGGGAAGAUGAGCAGCAGACAGUGCCGUCCGAGGUUCAAUGUCGGCCGUACAUCGAGAAAGCUCUGAAAGAUCUCGGAACAGGACCUCCCGAGCAGAGCAGCGCAGAGGAUGGUCCGGGCAGCGAGGAGGAUGUCGGCCAUGAGGAGCAACAAGAGCCUCGAUCACAAGAAAGUCAAGAAGUCGACGAAAGGGCAGAGGACGAUGCCGAAGGUCCAUCUGCCGAGGCGAGCACGGAAACUGACACUGUCGUUCAGGACGACGACGCUGUGAGUGCCGAAGAACAAAAGGACGAAAGUAACGAAACACAGGAGCAUGAGGCCGACGAUGAUUCUGCACAGGAAGCCGAACAGGACGAAAGUGAUACGACCGAUUCGAAGGAAGGCGACGACGCCGAUGAGAAACCAGACUCGAGCGAGGACGCGACCACCGAGGCAACCGAUGAAGCCAACGAGGACGGAGGAGAUUCCGGAGAGAAGGAGGCAGAUUCGGGAGGCAAGGGCGAAGAGUCGAGUGAAAAGGAUCGAGAUUCCGGGGAAGACGGCGGCGAGGCCGUAGAAGAGAACGAGGAAUCAGUCGAGCAGGAGGAAGUUUCCGCUGAAAGGGAAUCAGCGGAAGCUGUGACCUCGCAAGACGACAACGAAGACGAGGCGAAGGCCGAUGAGUCCGAAGAGGCGCAGGAAGGAUCCGAAGCUGCUGACAAAUCUGCAGAAGACGACGAUCCAACGGGAGAGGCUGAUUCCGCGAACGCCGAAAACUCCGCCGAGGCAGCCGGCAGCAAAGAGGAAACCGAGGACGAAGACUCAAAGGCCGAGGACGGGGAUGCCGAAGACGGCGCUAGUCAAGAGGCCGGUGACGCUCAACCGGAAGGAAAGUCUGGCGAAGACGAAGCCGCCGAUUCCGGCGAAGCGUUAACCAGCGACGGAGAAGAAAGCAGAGAGGCCGAGAAAGAGGACGAGUCGCCGGAAGCGGAACAGCCUGAGGAAUCGAAAGAGCAAGCGGACGCCGAGGAAUCACAGGAGGAGCCAGAGGCUGCGGAGAAAACUGACAGUGCGGAAGAGGAGAAAGAAACGAGUCAGGAAACCGCCGAAGCUGAUGACAAAGACAGUCGAGAAGCAGAGGGUGAAACUCCAUCCGAAGAGCAAGAUAGCUCCAAGGCGGACGAAGCUGCCAGUAAGGAAGCCUCGGCUGAGGAUGAAGAACCCCUCGCAAGAUCCAGACGAGAAACUGGCCAGGACGAUGACGCGACUGAGGAGGAUGAUAAGAAGGACGAGUCCGGGGAAGAUGAGAAAAGCGAGGGUGAAGGCGACUCUGGAGAAGGUGCCGACGAGAGCCAAGAGGCAGCUCCCACUCCCGAGGAAGACUUGAUCCAGGAAAUUGAAAUACCGGAAAAUCUUAGGCCACGCGAUCACAUAAAUCAGUUGCUGAGACUAGAUGUCGAGAAUGAAGAGAGGGAAAGAGCCAUUCAGAAAGCGGCUGAGGUCAUUCUGAAGGAUUUGAAAAGAUUGUACGACACAGCUAUCCAACCUUUGGAAACUUUAUACAAAUACAGAGAUCUCAGCAACAGACACUUUGGUGACCCAGAAAUAUUCUCCAAACCUUUGGUACUAUUCAUGGGUCCAUGGAGCGGAGGAAAGUCUUCGAUCAUAAAUUAUCUUUUGGAUAAUGAGUACACGCCUCACGCCCUCAGGACAGGAGCUGAGCCUUCUCCGGCCUAUUUCAACAUCGUCAUGCACGGAGAAGAAACGGAAGUGCUCGAUGGUACGCAGCUUGCAGCAGACUGGACGUUCUCAGGUCUGCAGAAGUUUGGUCAAGGAAUGCUUGAUCGUUUGCGAGGAUUGAAAAUGAACAACAAACUACUUGAACGGGUAAAUAUCGUUGAGAUCCCAGGAAUUUUGGAAAUUCGUAAGCAAGUGCAACGUCUAUUUCCAUUCAACGAUGCCUGCCAGUGGUUUAUCGAUCGAGCGGACAUCAUUUUCCUCGUUUACGAUCCGGCUAAACUUGAUGUUGGACCGGAAACUGAAGCGAUUCUAGACCAGCUUAAAGGUCGCGAGUAUCAGACGCGAAUUAUUCUCAACAAAGCUGACCAAGUUAAACCCGAAGAACUGAUGAGAGUUCAGGGAGCUUUGAUUUGGAACAUUUCGCCAUUGAUGUCAAGUGCCGAACCUCCGAUAAUGUACUCGACGUCUCUGUGGUCCAUGCCCUACGAAGCUGGCGCUCCCACCAGGCUACUUUAUGCACAGGAACGCGCUUUCCUUCGGGAUUUACGUUCGGCCAUUGACAAACGAGUCGAGCACAAAAUCGCGAGCGCUCGAAGAUUUGCGGUGCGCGUUCGUAAUCAUGCAAAAAUGGUCGACUGUUAUUUAACGACGUAUUACAAUCACAAGACGUUCUUCGGCAACAAGAAGGAGAUAAGCGACAAGAUAAUCGAGAAUCCGCAGGAUUAUCACAUUUACGAGGGUCUGAGUACAUUGACGAACAUAUCGCGUUACGAUCUUCCGGAUCCGGACGUAUAUCGGGACUUUUUCCGUUUGAAUGCGUUGUACGAGUUCCAACCGUUGAGUUCGACGUGCACAUACUUCCGGGGUUGUCCGAUAAACAGGCUUGACGUUGCGAUAGCCUACGAUUUACCGGAGCUCGUUGGAACGUACAAAAAAUCGGUCGAAGCUGCGAUGCACGAGAACGAUGAGAAGUCCGCGAGUUGAGGCGCGAUCGGUGCGACCUGAACAAUUUUCUGCGAGGAUAUCGCGACUGAAGAAUCAAAAGAAAUUUUAAAUCAAUAAUAAACGAGCGAAAACCCGAGAAUUCACCAGCGAAAGAAUUUUUUUUCGGGCCAUAUUCCAGCGACCUACGCUCGAUCAAAAUCGGCUGGAUUUCAUUAUUGGUUAUUUAUUGAAGAACACGAAAAUGCACGCGGUGCGAACAACGCGAAAUAAGAUACUGCAAACAGAUCGAGAAAAACUCGUUGAUUUGAGAGCGGAAUCGUUCACGUUGCCGAUCGCCUAGCUGCGGGCAGCCAGGAAAUUUACAUUAAUCGAGAUGAAACUUUACAACACAAAAAAAACGCGAUGCACAACAAAUAAAAAGCAGGAACCCUAUAAAAUAGUUGUAAAUUUUCGAAAAACCCGAAAAAUAUGUUUACCGCAGAUUUUUCUCCACAAGGAGAGCCAAGUUGGAUUUUUUCUGUUUUUCUUUUUUUUUUUUCAAUACUAAAUUUAUUCCAUUUUUAUUGGGGAUUUUAAAAUCAGAAAAGAUUGAGAGAUUGAUAAGAAAGAAAAAAAUCGAAGUAUUGUAAAAAAUGACGGAAUCAUGAAAAACAACAACAACAGUAAACAUUAAGUAACAUUUUAGCUUGCAUAAAAUUUUCUUUGCCUAUGAUAUGCAUUUUUUGUAUAGCGAAUAAUUUAUUUGAGUCCCGAGAUAUCGUUGAAAAUUGCUGAUCGCAAUAUUCAUAUUCGUUCGAAUGAUUCUCGUCAUAAAUAUACCUCACGUUCAUCCAAAUAUCAUUGUACACGUUAUGGUUAUUUAUUGGUUCGAUUUUUAGAAAGAGUGGACUAAAAGAAUGGCGAUCCGGUAAUAGCGAGAAGAAAUGAAUGAUUCAAGGGUCUUUAUUAUUCGCCUGAAAAAUAAAGAAAUCGACACAAUUCUGGAUCGUAUAUUAAAGCACCUUCGACAUUACGAUUAUAAUUAUCAUUACCAUUAAUAAUCCACUCUGUCCGGCCAAUGUGUCGUAUUUUAAUACGUAAGAGAUUAAUAAAGUUUGGACGUUGAAAAAGAACGAAAUACAUAAGUAAAAGGGGGAAAUAAAUAAAUAAAUACGAAUAAAAUAGAAUAAAAAAUACGUAAGUACCGUGCACUGCUUAGGAUAAAUAGAUAGGAUUAUACUCAUGAUUAUUCUAGUGUUUGGUUAAUCAUUAGGAAAUUACACUGUAUUUUUCAAAAAAUAAGAUCGUGUGCUGUGAAUGAAAAAAAAAGAAAGAAAAACAAAAGAGAAACGUGAAAGAAUUCUACCCCUCAGUUUUACUGUA